UUUUUAAAAUUCUAUCGUAAAAAUUGUGAAGUUUGAAUGUGGUAAAAAAAAUAAGUGUAUUAAAUAUUUAAGUUACAUAAAAAAUACUAAAGUGUGAAAAUGUAGCAAUAAAAUGGAUUAUAGAAAAGCGAAACGCACAUAUUUGGAAAAAAAAUUAUCAUAGAAAAUAAAAAAGUGAGCACAAAGGCAUAAAGUAAGGUAAAGAAAUUUCAAAUAAACAAAUAAACAGUAAUUUUACAUUGAAAAAAAUAUUAAUAAAAUAAAGCCAAAUUAACAUAAACCGCGAGAAAAACACUAAAGCAAAAAACUUUUUGCAAAUAAUAUGAGAUUGUUGCAGGGCAAACAAAGUUCCUAAACCUUAGUAAUCGAAAAAAUAAUUAGAAAUAAAUAUUUUAAUUCAAAUAAUUUCAAGAAGAUCGAAAAUAAAAUUUUAACUAAUUCUAUAAAUAAAUUCGUAAAAAAAUUAAAACAAAAACUACCAAAGCACUCAUGAUUCAAUGAUGCUCUGCACCACAAGAUAAAUUAGUCAAGACAAAAUAUAUUUUUUUAACAAUUAAAAACAAUAAAGCCAAACUCAAGUAAAAGCGAGUAAAUCUGAAAAACAACCAACUGAAAAGGCGAGCAACCGGAAAUAGCGGACGUUAUUAUAUGAAAAGCAACAUAAACAAAUCUGCAGCAAUUUAUUGAGCAAAACUUUGACGCUUGAAAGCGAAAGCUUUAAUUGUUUUUGUUCCACAUGUAUCUGCUUAGCAUACUUGAAGGCGCGCAGAAAGUAUUCGCCCCGCACACAUAACAAACAAUGAAUAUGUCACCCAACACAAUGAACUGUUGCGCUGGCACUCUCCUGCGACGCAAUGAUACGCAGCGCAUUUUGUCUUUGGCCAGCAGCCACAACAUCGCUUCGGCGCAACAGUUGGCCGAUGCGGAAGAGUUGUGCACGUGGCGUCAUAGAAGGCGCCGCGGCAGUAGCGGCUGCAAGAGCCCCGUUCAGUGUGUAGACUCCACGUCAACGCCGCCACCAAAUGCAGGAACACCAACCCCAGCAGCGACACCGUUCUUAAUGCCGGCAGAUUUCUACAAAAGUUUGCUGGUGAGCGCUGCGGCUUUGCAGCAACAGCAGCAGCAACAACAUCAUCUGCAGCGACAAAAACAGUUAUAUGAAAAUGAAGUCGAGUACGAGCGUAAAUCGCCGGCAGUCUCCAAGCGUGCUGAAUCCACCAAUACUGCUCAUUUCUCACGUAAUUUCUUCUUCUCUGCGGCAGCGGCUGCAGCUGCAGCUCAACGCAGCGCUGUCGCAGCGGAACUGCCCGGCGAGGUGGCCGGGGACUCAAAUGACAGCGCAAGCGUUAGCAAUCAUAAGCCUAACAAUUAUUCCUGGCCCCUGGGAGCUGUCACACCGCCGAGCGCAAUAGCCGCGCAAGCGAAUACAGCGACACCGACCAGCACCACUGGUUCUGCUAUAAAUCACACGUCUUCACAUAUUGCCCUUUUACCGUCUUCCGGCUCGGCCACACCGACACCUCCCGUCGGCGGUUUAGAUUUGCACGCCGCUGUCGCUGCUGAAGCCACACACAAUUUCGAGAGCACGCUAAAGUCGCCCGCUCAACAACCACUGUCAUCUCCAACACAGCGACAACAACACAACUCCUCGUCGGCAAGCCACCUAAGCAAUUCACAACAAUCACAGCAACAACAUCAGCAUCAGCAUCAAAGUUUGCAUUCGACCGGCUCGACACCCAGUUCGCCUACAGCGGUCAGUGCAGCGUCGGAAACAGCAGCAGCAAGCGCGGCCGCAGCCGUCGCUGCCACCAUGCCGAUUGGCGGGGUUCAGGGGCAAAACCCCACACAGGGCUUAGUGCAUUGGAUGAGUGCCGUUAUGGCCGAACAUAUGACCGGGCAGACGCAUCACGAUCCGACAGGUGUCGGCAUGCACUACAUGUGGAAUGGUAAUGUCGAUUGUGGACAACAUGGUAAGGAAAUUGCCGAUUAUAACGGAUGGCCAUCAGCGGCGGCAACUCGCAGCCACAUGUCAGCCAUCAAGCAAGGAUAUGAGGCUAAAAUGAACGACCAUCACAAUAACUUACAAAAAGGUCACUUUCUAGAUGAUAGCCGCCUCUUAGAUCAUCAUGCUGUUACGCCGCAGGGUAAUCACAGUGGCAUGGCAUCAGCUGCUUCUAUUUAUGGGCCCAGCGCCACAUUGCGAACCAUUGCCACUUCGAAUAGUAGUUCACCUGCUGGAGGCGGAGGCGGUAAUGGUGGCGGCGGUAGUUUAGUCACUGCUCCGGGUAGUCUAGGUCUUAUCGGAGCCAGCAACGGUAGCCUUGGUGGCAGUAGUAGUGUCGGUGGCGGCGGGCUUGUAGGUCUUGGCGGCGCGAACAUUGGUGGCAUUGCGCAUCAUGCGCCGACAACGUCUAAUCACAUGUCGCAUCAUCACAGUGCGUCAACGGCUGCCUUGCUGGUGGUACCGCAGCCGAUCAAUGCAAGCAAAAUGAAUGUGACACUGGGAGCCGGUGGCAGCGGUACAGGCAGAAAGUAUCAGUGCAAAAUGUGUCCGCAGAUUUUCAGCUCGAAAGCGGACUUGCAGCUGCACACACAAAUUCACAUGCGCGAGGCCAAACCGUACAAGUGUACGCAGUGCUCCAAGGCGUUCGCCAACUCUUCCUACCUGUCGCAACACACACGCAUCCACCUGGGUAUAAAACCGUACCGCUGCGAGAUUUGUCAGCGCAAAUUCACCCAACUGUCCCAUCUGCAGCAACACAUCCGCACCCACACCGGCGACAAGCCAUACAAGUGCCGACACCCCGGCUGCCAGAAAGCUUUCUCACAACUUUCCAAUCUGCAGUCGCACUCGCGCUGCCACCAAACGGACAAACCCUUCAAAUGUAAUUCCUGCUACAAGUGUUUCUCAGACGAGCCCUCACUGCUCGAUCAUAUACCCAAGCACAAGGAGUCUAAGCACCUGAAGACACACAUUUGCCAGUAUUGCGGCAAAUCGUACACACAAGAGACAUAUCUAACCAAGCAUAUGCAGAAGCACGCCGAGCGCACGGACAAGCGACCACCGAUUGCCGCUUUGACCGCGAGCGGUAAUGUGCCCGGCGCUGGCGCAUCCUUAGGCGGCAGUGGCAACAGCGCGCCUGGCAGCAAUGUGAAUGGGGGCAAUAUGGGUGGCGGUGCUGCGGGCGGCACUAGUGGUGGUGGUAUUGGUGGUGCGGGUGUGAGUAGUUUGCCAAAUUCGAAUACCCACAAUCGCCAGACGCUUGGCUUGCCGCCGGUGUCGAUAGCACCCACCGAGCAUUCAUAUUGGCCUAAGGUCAGUCCAGACUCCGCCGCUAAUAUGACAGAUGUCAUGCACCAACAGCAACAGCAACAACAACACCAACAACAGCAGCAGCAUCACCAUCAUCAACAACAGCAGCAACUCGGCGGCCAGCAACACCAUCAUCAGCAGCAGCAACAGCAGACGCAACAACAGGCGCCGCAACAGCAACAGCACAUGGACUUUUCGAAUGUAAAUUCAGGUGGCGGAAGUAGCGCUGGUGGCGGAGGCGGAGCCAGUGGAUCUGGUGGGCCGCCAAACGGACAUGGCGAGCUGCAAACGCAUCAUCGAAUGAGCGACAACGGUCGGGACGAAAUCGUGUCUACACCAUCCACUGUUGGACCGUACGAUGCGGCGAGUAUCACGAAGACCACCAGCAAUUCAGCGUUCACCCCGAUCAAUUCAAUGCCGCCACACUUGAAUACACUUAGCCACCAUCCCAUGGCGCAGCGUCCGUACCUGUACGAUGCUAUCAGCUUCCAGAAUAAAAAUGUCAAUCAAAAUAAUUCCAAUUCAUUUCCAAACCAACUGAUUUCGCUUCACCAAAUUAGGAACUAUGCGCACCAACCGGCCGGUCUGAUGGCGGGCGAGCAUUUACUUGGCGUUAGUGUGGGACCGGGUAAAGAUAAAGGAUAGCUAUAUUUUUAAGUGCGAAAGCACGAACGAUUUGGGGUCGAUUACUUAGACGUACUAGAUGAAUAUGUGAACUAAGAGCUGCUUUAUUGGGUGCGAGCAUUUUUGUGAUGAAUUGAAUAAUGUUUAUAUUUAAACUAGAAUUCAAAUCCUGCAAUUAAGAAGACCGUAAUGCAAAAGUGAAAAGGCGUUAGAAAAGGUCGUGGAAGAAAAAAGAACAUAUACAUGUGGAUCACAAAAGUUAUGCGGUUAAUUCUUUUAAAAAUAAAUUGGUUUUCUGUGGUUAACAUUAUUUUUUAAAUUAAUAGAAGUAUUUGCUUAUUUAGUUUACUCCCACAAUAAAGUCGGAUUUUAAACUUCAAUUUCCGUCCAUAAUAGUUUUUGAAAGUAAAUAAUAGGAUACAGCGCGCCAGAACUAUCUUGGCGAUACCAAGAAGAAUGUACAUAUUUGAGUCUGUCACUUAUAAAUAUUUAUGCAACCUACAAUUUGACUAUACAUUUUAAUAACACUAAAGAUCUAUUGUGGAAUAGUUAGCUGGAGCCUCUUCUGAAAAUCGAGAAAUUAACUAUACAAGUAAAUCUGGAGCAGCUUAGUAGGGUUUAAAGAGCGCAAAGCUUCUCUCUCUCUUUCUAUUGAAAAACAGUAUCUUUUUUGAAAUACACGAAACGAAGUUAAUGAAAGAGAUUUUAAGAUAUUAAACUUCUCUUUUGUAGCAUAUGAUUAAGCUACACUGAAUGAUGACGGCAUGGAAUUCACUAUAAAUAGUUUUUGAUACUCUUAACCCUACUUCCCGCUGAUCCAAUGUACUGUGAUCAGUUGCUUGUCGCAAAGGACGAACAACAAAAAUUUUAAAAUUCAUCUCAUAUAAUCGUUGUCUGUAGUGUUCUCUUCCAAUCGGUUCCUUUUUAACAAGGCAGUAUACAAUUGAAUAUGAAGUAUUCACUAACAGAACGUUGGAAGAAGAGCUUUUUCUAAUUCAAUUUACGAGUUCAUACGAUUUAAUAACAUCGUAAGUACAAAAAAAAUUGUUUGUAGACCUGUGUAAUAAGCGUAAAUGAAUACUGAAAAUCGCCAUAACCUAAAAUUAAAACUACAUUUAAUACAGUAGAACAAAAUAUUUAUUUCUCUGGACCCAGCCGCUCUGUAUAAUACAUUCUUCGUACUAGAAUUUGAAUUGAUUCAACAUUUCUCCAUAUUUGCUAAAGAAAUUUCUCACCCACUCGUGAACCAUGCAUAUUAAGCUUUAAAUCUACAUUAAAUUAAUUUUACCAUGGCACUGGACUUUCUGUUAAUAGAUUUUCAAAAAGAGAUAAUUAAAUUGAAAUACCCAGUCUUUUUCCAAAAUAUGUUUUAACCGAAUGUUGAAUCACAGCCUCCAAGUUAUCGUUAACAACUUAUAUUUCUUUAUCCUUUUUUUACUCACAAAUUUGUUGUUCUGAUUCUACAUGAUGUUCUACAUGCUCUUCUCUGUUUUGAGAAAUUAAAUCUUAAAUUAAUAUAUGGAAUGUUUAGCAAAAUAUUUUAAUGGUUUUAAAGUUAUGUACCAAUUUAAUCAUCUUAAGUCUAAUAAGUCGACCAUUGAAGUAAAUACUACGAUACAAGCAACUAAUUAAUGAAUUUUAUAGUUCAAAAAAUAUUUUUGGCGCGCUGUUAGUAAUAGUAUUACUUCUGCAACAGUUUUUGGAAAAGGUUGCCACGCAUUUAAAGCUUUUAAUCAGUUAAAAUGAUAAUUACAAUGUCUGCUUUAAAGAAAAGACAAUCUGAUGCUUAAUUUUUUGCACCCACCUACUACCACCAUUAGUUAAUGACGAAAGUAUUUAUUUGAAGCAGCGAAAUGAAAUCGGUGCUAUCUGAAGCUGUUCUAAAACAUGUUCUCGGACGGGAAAAGUAGCGCUUCGCCAACCUUUUUCACAGCGCCGACCUUCAUUGCAACUAUGAGAUACGCAAUUUAUAUUUGAAAGUUCCAUCCUAAUCGGCCUGUUUACGAACCUGAAAACUUUCUUCUACUCUCUAGUUUGGCUUCUACAUAAAUAAAGAAUUAUUGCAGCAUAAUUUCUGUGGAUUUUUAUUUAAUUUUCAUUACUAAAAAUUUAGCACGAAAAGACUGAACAAAUGAAAUUUAAUACAAGAUUGAUUUAUAUCAAGAAGAAGAUUAACAUAAAUAUGCUUAAAUGCGUUGGCUUUUGCGGCAUUCAAAUCACUUAAACUUACAAGCACCUUCACCUUUCUGCCAAAGGGUAAACCUGAAAAGAGAUUGAAUACCGGUAGAUCAGCGCUCAUAAGCAACGCACUGGUGUUAAACAGUUCCACUGGCGCUCAAACAAAGCGCAGCAACUAACUAACUAAUCCGAUUGAUUAAUUAACUAAUCAAUCUAACCUAAACCGCUAUGAUUGAUUGAGAAAUACACAGAGAACAGAGAGCAUAAAAUCAACACAUUUAAAAUAGUGAAUUUGUGAAUUUAAUUUAUCUAGAGUAGUGAAAGAAAGCAGCAGCUCGGCAGUGAAAGCGUUACAUCUAAUUUUAUUGAUUUUUAUAUGUGUGUAAUUUGAUUUAAGCGCAUUUAUGUAAAAAUGUUUAGUAAAUAAAAGGGCUAAAAUACAUACAAAUACACAUGCAAAUGUUUAACUGUAAUUCAUAGUUAAGUGUAACUGUAAACUAAAUAUUGGUAAACUGCUAAACUAACAGGAAACGAAAAAGCCGUCACAGUGAGAGAAGAGUGUGCAGUAAAUAUGGAAUGGCGUUGCCAGCUGAACAUGUGUGCAUACGAGAAUCACUUCAACUAAAUUUCAGAAAUACAAUUAAAAAAUACAAAACAAAACAUUUGCAUUAAAAUAUGUGUAAAAAACAAAGAAGGCAGCCAUGCUGACAUACAUGUACUUAUGUAUGUUGAAAUUUACAGUUGAUGAAAAGAGUUAAAGUUAAUUAAAAUAAAGAACUAAAGCAUCCCUAGAUACAACUAAGCAACUUUGAUUGUAAAUCAGCAUUUUUAAUAUAAUAUGUAUUUAUAUGAGAGACCAGGGUUGCAUAACUGCGCCUCUAACUGUAUUAUAAGCAUUUUAAGCUAAUAACGCUCACGAGAUGUAUGUAUGUAUACAUGUUUGUAUUUCGAAAAUGUACAUUACUAAAAAUUAUGAGAUAAAAUAAUCUUAAUUGAAUGCAAGUAAGCGCUUGCGUGCACGUAACGCUGCAGAAAAGUAGCCACUGAGUAAGAAUUAUUAUUAUUAUUUUUGUUUCUAUUAAUACUAAGCACUGCAGAUUGACAUAUACAUACAUGUGUAUGUUUGUAUCUAAUUGCAUAUUUUCGAGCGAGCGCAAACUAUGUUAAACGUUAGUAGUUAAAAUGUAAUGAGUUAAACUAAAGUAAUCGAUUUGAUGCAGCACGUGCGAUUGGGAAGAAAUAUUUUGAAAAAAUAUUUAAAAUAAUAAUAGUGCAUAUUAAAUAAAAAAAUAAAUUGCU